GCGAGUGAAGUAAUAAGUAAUAAGUUGAAACCAGAAACAUUAGCAAGUUGUGCAUCAAUGGCGGAUCUGAAGCAUGAUGGGUUUUUGACCUACGCUUACAUUCUUCUCUACAUUGCUCUUUCCAGUGGCCAAAUCUUCUUCAACAAGUGGGUUUUGUCCUCUAAGGAAAUUAACUUCCCUUAUCCUUUGGGGUUGACACUACUUCACAUGGUCUUCUCCUCUGUUCUGUGUUUUGUGUUAACCAAGAUUCUGAAGGUUAUGAAGGUUGAGGAGGGAAUGACUCCUGAAAUAUAUGCUACUUCGGUAGUUCCAAUUGGGGCCAUGUUUGCAAUGACUCUUUGGCUGGGAAAUACUGCCUACCUGUAUAUUUCUGUUGCUUUUGCACAAAUGCUCAAGGCAAUUAUGCCUGUAGCUGUUUUUGUGCUUGGAGUAGCUGUAGGACUUGAGGUAAUGAGCUGCAAAAUGCUUUUAAUCAUGUCGGUGAUUAGUUUUGGUGUUCUAGUAGCUUCUUAUGGAGAGAUAAAUAUAAACUGGAUUGGGGUAGUUUACCAAAUGGGAGGUGUUGUUGGUGAAGCUCUAAGACUUAUCUUCAUGGAGAUUUUUGUUAAGAGGAAAGGUCUAAAGUUGAACCCUAUAUCCGUGAUGUAUUAUGUUAGUCCCUGCAGUGCAAUUUGUUUAUUUCUUCCAUGGAUAUUUCUGGAGAAAUCAAAGAUGGAUGAACAUGGACCAUGGAACUUCCCACCUGUUUUGCUUAUCCUCAACUGCCUUUGUACUUUUGCUCUUAACUUGUCAGUUUUCCUUGUGAUUACACAUACAAGUGCUUUAACCAUUCGUGUUGCUGGAGUUGUCAAGGAUUGGGUGGUUGUCUUACUGUCUGCUCUUCUGUUUGCUGAUACAAAGUUAACAAUUAUCAAUUUGUUUGGCUAUGCAAUUGCCAUUGCUGGGGUAGCAGCAUAUAAUAAUAGCAAGUUGAAAAAAGAAGCCACUCGAGACACCGCAGAUGAUUCAGACCAUGAAUCUGUCCAAAGCGAACAGUCUCAGCCUUUAACCAGUAGAUAAUUGCAGUGAGUUACUGAAGUUGUCCAUGCCUUAUUCAGAAGUUGAUGAGACCAUAUAGUAGUUUUCAUUCACUUUUCACAUAAUGUAGCAAGAGGGCAUCAAAUGUUCACGUGUAGUAGAUAAAGGUAUAAGCAAGCAUUUUGUUACAAUCUUGUAAACAGUUUCAGCUAAAUUUAGAUCGGGGAAAGCAAUGUGCUGAUCCAAUGUAGUACAUGGAGAUGUAAAAUACAAAUUUUAUCCUUUGAAAAAGAGGUGCUUGGCCAUGGCAUUUGAUUUUUGAGGAAUUUGAAGUCAUUCACAUUUCACAAUGAUUAUUUGUUUGAAGCAAUUACCAAUUUCAAUCUUAGCGAUUCACUAUUUCCGAGAUGAGUGAUCAAAGAGUAAAAGCCCCUGCACCUAUUAUUUAUCAUAAUUGUACAAUGGGCCGAUAACCAGGGGUGUAUAGUGCAGUUUGUUAGACAGAUGAAAACUUGUUGAAAUAAUUUGUUUAUUUAAAAUGUAUUAAUAAUAUUCAAUAUUCUGAUACAGAUUGUUUCAGUGUUGCGAAUCUUUGCUCCUAUGUAUUUUUGUUUUAUGUGGAUGCUUUUUGUUUUAUGUGGAUGCUUUUAUGUAUUUCGUGAA